AUGCCAAUGUGGCCGAUUGGCGAUAAAGAGGUCGAUGUGGUCGACCUAGACCGCCUCUUCGAAGAGUAUGUUCAGACGGACUUGCUCAACCCAUUUAGCGAUUGCAAACCCAAACGACCAAGCUCGGAUGAUUUGACGCAUCUCUUUGACUCAACUUCGUCGAAUGAGAGCGAAUUAUUCGGCCCUGCGCCUAUACUCGAUUGGGAAAUGCAAGCUGCUUGGCACAAGGCUCUCGAAAAGUACGAACGAAACUCAACCUCGUUUCCAUCUAGAGAUUCUACCUCAUCCUUUGACGUUACUUCAUCUAUCGGAAACGAUUCUUUCAGCGACUCCGAGUUGUUGAAUUUUGAGGAUCUCCUUGAACUAGAGAGGAAGCAAUCGAGGGCCAUCUCUCAGCCUCCUACAUCCCGACCCCACACUUCUGGACGAUCUGUCAAAAAGGCUGUGUCUGUUCACAGUCAAUUGAGGCACCGCGGCAUUUCAAAGACCUCUAAAAGACCUCAUGCUUCGACUUUUACAAAGAUGAUGCGAUCCUCCCAAUACCACCCUUCCCUUGGAAAUACCUGGACCCGCAAGAUGGAAACUCCAACGACCUCUCUUGUGAGAGCCUCGUCACAUGGCAUUGCUUCGCCCCCACUAUCAACCAAGGAAAACAGCAGUGAACUUUUCGUUCAAGGCCAACAUCAGGCCUACACGGAUGACUACUCAUGUCUACCGAACAGUCCCGGCUUCCCCAACUACCAUUUAACACCUACCGCAUCGCCAGCAAUGGGUGUCGCCAGCAAUAUCGGCAGCGGCUUUGAUGAUAAUAUGGGGCUCGCUUCCGCAUCUUCCAGCGCGCCAAGUGCGGCUCUCUCAGCCUUGCAAACCCCGCCCUCUUCCCUCCAGUUAUCUAUGACAACGUGGGACCCUAACACAUCGCCAGAUCUAGAUCUUGGCUUCCCAGCCUCGUGUGAUUCUGCCAACGGCACUCAUACUGCAGACUGGUGGGACGAUAACGUUUCCGCCCGUCAACCUCCCCAUCUGAACAACUUAAGUCACAACAAUUCACAAUCCACAAGCCAGAACAUGGGGAUAGAAGGAUUAGGGAUAUCUUGCGAACCGGUUUCAUACGUGUUUGGCACUAUGCAUAAUGGUUACCCUGCCUCCAGAACCUCAGCCUCGUUUGAUAUGGCUACCUAUGGUGCCAUGUAUAACACGCCGUCACACCAAAAGCAAUCGAACCACACGCAAUACCAGUUUGCCUCUAUCAUUCAGUCAGUCUCGCGUUCCCCUUCGCCACGUACCGAACCACGCUUCCACCGCCACUCUCACACAUCCAGCCACCGCUCUAGCCAGUCGUCGUCAAGACGCAAAUCCAGCAAUGCUUCCCAACAAUCCUCAAGACAAACGAGCACAAGUGGUGGCGGCGUUGGUUUCGUAAACUUUACGCCAGACGACAGCCGCAAGAUCCUCACAGGCGUGGCACCUAGCGGAUCCAGCAAGACCAAAGCACGACGAGAGAAGGAAGCCGCUGAUAAACGUCGGAAGCUUAGUCGCGCAGCUAUGAAGGCUGUUAUAGAGGCAGGUGGCGAUAUCGAUAGUUUGAGGAGAUUGGAGAGGGAGGGUGUGCUGGUUAUGGAAGGUUGA